GUCACCCGUCGGCGACGAGGGUCGGUACAAGAUGGCGGCAGCGGCUGCGGGGCCCGGUAAGAGGAGAGGCCUCCAGUCGCCGGUCAGCGGGGCCCUGCGCACCAACAAGCGGGAGCCCAGCGUCAAGCUGCAGUACCCGGUCAGCGGCCCCGAGCCGCUCGGCUGGUCUGAGGACAACCGGCUGUCCAUCAGCACCGGCAAGAACAUCUACGUGCUGGAGCAGAUCUGUGACAUCCACAACAACGGGCUGGACAUGGUCAUCCACAGGACGUCGGUGCCGGCGCCCAGCCAGAGCUGCUCCCUCAAGGUUGGUUCUCAGGAGGAGGUGAAUGACUGUAAGGAUAAGUUCCUGAGUGCAAAGGAUCCAACUCUCACUCACUCCCUGAUGAUGGACAGAGUCUUUAAUCCCGAAGGAGGUGCUUUAUCGCCAUUACGAGGGUUUAAAUUUACCAGCUGGUCUCCCCUGAGCUGCGACAUCAACGGACGAUGUCUAUUGGCUUCUUUGACUCUGGACAACAGACUGUCCAUCCAGGUGAAUGUGAACCGGCUACAAUGGACCCCAGUGGUCGAUCUGACGGAGGUUUACGGCGAGAUGCUGUGUGAGAACAAAUACGGGCUGGCGGGUUCCGAUAUGGGCGCCGGUUUGAAGAAUUUCUCUGAGUUUCAGAGGAGACAUUACAUGCAGACCCCCGUGCGGAUGGAAUGGUCCAACAUCUGCAACACCCAGCGGGUGAAAGCCAACAACGAGUGUGAGGACGUGGGCACAGUGCUGCUGGCCGUCCUGCUGGAAAAUGGUGAUGUGGUGGUGUGGCAGUUUCAGAUCCCCUUUCUGGGCAAGGACUCCAUCAUCUCCUGCAACACCAUUGAGUCGGGCAUAAACGACCCUAGCGUUCUGUCCUGGUGGGAGUAUGAGCAUGGCAGCCGCAAAAUGAGCGGCUUGAUUGUUGGAAGUUCCAAGGGACCCGUAAAGAUCCUGCCAGUGAACCUGAAGGCUGUAAAAGGUUACUUUACUCUCAGACAACCGGUGGUUCUUUGGCAAGAGAUGGAUCAGUUACCUGUGCACAACAUAAGGUGCAUCUCUCUCUACCACCCUUAUCAGAAGUGCAGCUGCAGCCUGGUAGUCGCGGCCAGAGGGACUUAUGUUUUCUGGUGCCUACUUCUCAUCUCCAAAGCUGGACUGAACGUUCACAAUUCCCACGUGACCGGUCUUCACUCUCUCCCCAUCGUCUCCUUGACAGCCAACAAGCAGACCGGCAGUUUCUACACCUGCUCCGUCGAUGGUACGAUCCGGAGGCUGACCCCCACCUUCACGGAAGUGGCAGUGAAGUUCGAGCACAACUUGGUGAAGUUGCCCGAGUCGAUUGGCUCGGUGAGGCUUCACGGGAUCUGCCUGAGCCCCAAUGACGCGUACCUAGCGCUGGUGACAGCAGAAGGUAUGAAUAACGGGCUCCAUCCAGUUAGUCGAACGUACCAGGUCCAGUUUAUUACACUAAAGACUCCUGAAGAAGCUGCUUCCAGGCUUCUAGAAUCUUCCAUCCACAACCUGUUCAAACAGGUGGACCUGCUCGACCUUGUACGUUGGAAAGUGUUGACAGACAAACAGAUUCCUCCAGAGCUGGAGGAGGCACUAGACCACAAACUUCACACCAAUCCCUCCAACUACCUCUGGCGUUUGCGGCUUUUCCUCUACAGGAUUUUGUUUCAGACACUGCAGAAGGGACCGACUGAGGCGCUUUGGAGGUCGAAUCAUCGUGAGUCAAAGAUCCUGCUCUGCGACAACUCGGCGGUGGCUUGUGAGGACAACCAGGAUCCCGACAGCGGUGACGAGGCGGAGACCAGCACAAAAGCCAAGGGGCAGCUGGUGGGGAAAGAGGCAGCCGGUGGCCUGGCAGAGGAGCAGAAGGAAGAUAGCUCCGAGGUACAGGCCCAGGAACGUUUUUCCCAAAAAUUGGAAGAGAUUCAGGCUAAGAUCCAGGCAGUGGAGCUGCAUCUGACACGGGAGCACAUGAAGCGAGUGCUGGGUGAGGUGUACCUUCACACCUGGAUCACAGAGAACACCAGUGUCCCGACCAGGGGUAUCUGUGACUUCUUAACCUCCGAUCCCACCUAUGAUGACAGGACAGCCAAGGUUCUGAUUUCUCACAAUCUGAAGAAGUUGACCAAACAGACGUUCCCAGAGCACUGCUCCCUGUGUAAAGAGAUUCUCCCAUUCACUGACCGGCGCAAAGCUGUCUGCCCUAAUGGGCACAUCUGGCACAGAUGUGUUUUGACGUACCAUGCCUGUCAGUCUCUGACCUAUCGCAGAUGUCUGUUGCAAGAUACCAUUGCUCGUCAGCACGUGCCUUCAGACCCUGAUUGGAUAAAACGCCUGUUACAGAGCCCCUGCACAUACUGUGACUCACCUCUCUUCUGACACCCGACUGUCCAGUCGCAGAGCGAAGGAACCUCCGAUCACACAGAUACAUCUUAAGCUUAGAAGUGGGUGGAACAGUGACGAAACGUCUGAAGAUAUUUACCCACCUCUCGGAAAGUUGGGAGUCUAGUUUGUUUUGUUUGAUAAUGGCGUUGUCUUCUAUCUUGAGGAAUUCAGAGCUUCAGUGUGGUUCUGCAGGGCUGACACGAACAGUCUGGCAAGUUCUCUCCAGCUUUCCACCAUCAUGUUUGUGAGUUUGGAGACAGGAAGAAGAGUGUAAUCGUUUCUCAGUCAUUUUCCUCACACGUCAGGAGUAGAAAAUGGAAUAUUGCUUCAGUCUGAGUAUGGAGUGCAGUGGAUCAUGGGGAGUAUUACAUGUAGCAACAAACAUUGAGCAGAGACAGGACAGGGAUUCACACAGAAGAGUCCAUGUGUAAUAAGAAGAACCGGAGUUCACAAUUGAAAAGGCCCAAAUCAAGAUUUGUCACUUAUUGUGUUAAAAAGUGGUCGGCACUUUUAACCCAUUUCCCACCUCUCUGAAGAACAUUUGAGGAAUUUCUUUCGUGUUGGUAGCAACCAGGUGCAUGAAAGCCUGCCUUUGCUGGGCUGUACUUGGGAAGAAUACAAAGAGUGUGUUUUGUAGCAAGGUAAGCUUCGUCGUGGCUUCAUAUAUUGGAGCCUUGUCCUGGAGGUCAUCGUAUAACCAAGAGGCUGGUUUGUUUAGUGAGUCCUUUCCCGGACCAAUCUGUAGCCUCCUGACCGCUUGUGAGUGAAUGAGUGAUACAAGUACAGGACCUGUAGGUAGAACAGUUAUUCCAGUGUUGGGUUGGUGGGAGGGGGCAGUUGGACCAUAGCAGCUGCAAUAUAAAUUAGUCUGUUCAGGAAUGGAGGUGGAAGAAAUCAAGAACAACUCGUACAAUAGACUUCAAAGGAAACGUACCAGCCAUAAAGGACUGGUUGAGCACCAACUUAAGCUUGGAAUGGUAGUUUUGUUUCUCUCUCUCUCCCCCCUUUUGUUUUGCUCAGUUUUAACGUAUCACUUUUUUUGAAUUUUAAUUUUUUGUUUCACGACUAUAACUAUUGCGUACAUUUGUGAACGCAACUUAAGAUUUGGUAAAAACGUUUUGUACAAUUGAAUUGUAUGUGUUUUUUUUCUGAAUAAAUAUCUACAAUCAC